AUGCCCAACUCAAAGGGCGCCAGCAACAACCCCAAUAACGGCCAAUGGUCGCAGCCCCUUCAGGAUCCCUCGGCGACUUCGCUGAAUUAUCCUCCCUACUCCUCAAGCUUCCCUAGCGCAACUUCGCAAGGCGUUGCGCGGCCAACAGUUGCCAGCCAUGGUGCGGCAACGUCGGUCAUGGCAGGGGCGCCGGCCUUUUCGUCUUCACUCCCGCCUCCACAGAGCUACAACCAACAUGACCCAUCCUCACAUUACAACCAGUACCAGCAACCCUACCAGCACUAUUCGCAGCAACCCUCCUCCUAUCCAUAUCAUUAUAGUUUCUCAUCAGGUGGACCCGCCAUGACCCCGUCCUCGUCCUCUUAUUCUUCUCCAACCCACAUCCACACCAGCCUUUCCUCGUCCCCUUCCCCUUCCUCCUCCACGAGCCAAAGUCUGGGCUCAAUGGGUGCCCUUCUCUCGCCAAAGUCCACGGACUUCGCCGGACAGGACAACCACUACCACUUUAAUGGCAGCCACAGUAACCACUACCAUCAUUCCGCCAAUCCCAUGGGCAGCGUCAAGGAAAGUCCACGAGCGACAGGCACUCGGGGAGGCAUUACCGCCGUCACUGCGAAUAUGUCCCCUCCAAGUGCCAACCUGUCCCCAGUCUCGGUGACUUCUCCCACCUCGUCAGUAACAUCGCCUACAUCCCCUUCAUCGACGUCCUCGAAAAAGAAGAGUGGCCAGGCGAGCAAGAAGGCCGGAGCUGGAGUGCCAGCUGGAGCGGACAAUGUCUCGUCCAAGUUCCCCAAGCCCACGCAGUCGUAUUCGUUCCUCAUCACGACGGCCAUCCUGGAGAGCUCCAACAGCCAAUUGACCCUGAAUGAGAUCUACGAGUGGGUCAUGCUCCACUAUCCUUGGUAUCGUACUGCCAUCAAUGGCUGGAAGAACUCCAUUCGCCACAAUUUAUCGCUGAACAAGGCUUUCAUGCGCGUCCCACGGCCUCCAAGCGAGCCAGGCAAGGGUUCUUAUUGGAAGUUGGACCCCAACUAUCAGCCCAAUGCAGAUGGCCACAGUGGAACUGGACACUCGGCAGGUGGAUUGGUGGGUGCCAGUGGAGGAACGGCUCGCCCAACUAAGACUUCCAGACGGGCAAGCGCCGCCAGAGGAGCCGGCGGCAGCAGCGGUCGGCGACCAACCAGUGACCCCAAUUCGGCGCCGGUCUCCCCAACUGGACCCAGCGCCCAGCCAGGCAUCCUCGAGAUUCCUCUGACCAACAUGCCGCUCUUUGGCAAACGCGGAGGAGGCGGUGCCGAUACAGACUCGAGUCUGUUCAAGAUUGGAGCCCACUCUACAACCGCCUCUAUGAUACCCGGAUCUUCCAACUCUUCCUCAGCCGCGGCCUCGAUGAACAGGCGACACUCACAUCUAUUGAGCCACGACCACGACUAUACCACUCCAGGUCAGCAACCCAAUUAUGGAGCUGCCCAUAUGUCUCCAUCCUUUAAUCUCGGCGGCUUGAGUUCACAGCAGCAGCAUCAGCAGCAGCAACAACAACAACAGCCGCACCAUAAUUCGUUCUUUUCGUCCGUUUCAGGAUCAGGUCAGGCAGGCGAUUUUGGGCAGUCGGCAUCGUUUUAUGCGAACGGCACAGGACAGUCGGCAGCAGGACUGAGCGAUUCGAGCAUGAUGGACGCUGACUCGGACUCGGCAUCUCUCUCGCGGUUCUCUGGUCAGGGCAUUUACCUCUCACAGGGCGCUGGAGGAGCUUCGACCCUGUCACGACCGCUUUCGAUGGGGAGUCAUGGGAUGCAAAGUAACUUUGUCUCGGCGUACGGCGGUAAUGGAGGAGGAGGAGGUGGAGGAGGAAAUAAUAGCCAUUCGGGACACCACGGUGGAGCUGGAGGCGGCGGGGGCGGCAGUGGUAGUUAUAACGGCAACUAUGGCACAGGUGCAUCGCACGCGUAUGGCGGCAUGGGUGGAGGUGCAGGCGCCGCUUUUCAUGCCGGCUCAGCCAACUAUGGGUUCCCGCCUGUAAACAGAACGAGCGGAGGAGGUGGUGGUAGCAGUGGCGGCGGCGCAGGAGGCGGAAGCGGAGGAAAUGGGUACAGAGCAUCCGUCGACGGUGGUGCCGGCAGUCGUUCAAGCACUUCGAUUGCCGGUCUUUCGUUGCAGCUGUCGCAGUCGCUUGUGUCGACCCCUGCCGGAAUGGGUAGCGGAGGAAGCGAGACGAUGUCGCCCCCACCUCCACCGCCCCAGUCGUUGGCAAGCCACCAUCAUUCUGGGUCGAACCCAGCUCCAGGAGCCUCCUCGACUUCUUCAGCGACGGCGGCCAACAGCAGUGUUGGCUCGGCCUCAAGACCGGCAUCCAGCUCGAUCACGAUACCCCAGGAAUCCCGCAACUCGAGCACUGGUGCAGGAGGCGGUGGCCAUGGUUGGUGA